AUGUGCGAUGCAGUCGCGGGCGUGACUGGGAGCGGCGAAGGAGGAGGAGGAGGAGCGCGAUGCUGGGGGUGCGGGGACUCGUUCGACGUGACGUUGGAUAGGGCGGAGCGGCAUUUUCGUGAUGGGGAAGAGAUGAUGUGCAUGCAAUGCGGCGCCACCACAGAGCGCAUGGAGGACAUCGUGCUCGCCCUGAAAUCAACCGCUGAUGACGGAAACGGAUGCGCGUCGACGCCGCAGCGGCGAAAAUGGACCCUGAAGCUCGCAUACUGCAAGUGCCGCGAUGUGUGCCUGGUCCUGAUGGGGGCCGCGCUGAUCAUCUCGCUCGCGGCGAUCACGACAGAGCAGACGGUGCCGCUCGCGGUGUGGCAGGUCGGCGAGACCGAGCUCAGGCACGACGGCACGAUCGCGCCCGUCAAGUGGUUUUGCUACGCGCUGAGCGUCGCCAUCGUCCUCAGCCAGGUCCUCGCGAUCGCGGGCUGCUCCCCCAUCGAGCCCCGGGCGUGCCAGCCCCCCCCCGACCCUUGGCCCCCCUGCGUCGCUCGCGGUGCGUCGCACGAACAAGUUCUACCCGACUCGCUGUCAGGGUACCGCUGGUGCCACCCGUGUGGGUUCCUCAAACCGCCCGGGACGCACCACUGCUCGACGUGCGGGCUCUGCGCGCUCGGCAUGGACCACCACUGCCCCUUUCUCGGCCAGUGCGUGGCGCGGGGGACCCUGGGGCCAUUUCUGCGGUUCUGCGCCGCGGUGCUGGCCGGGUGCGUCGUCGCCACCGUCGCGGGGGAGAGGGCGGUGCGCAGGCACUGGCGCGAGAUCGUCGGGGAGCUCGCCGACGUGUGGCAGGGCCACUGGGGCGCUGGGCCGCCGGGGGGUUCGGCCGGGAGCGCGGCGUUGCGGGCAGCGAGGGUUGCGUGGUGGCUGGCGGUGUCGGGGAGCAUCCCAGGAUUCGUCGCGUGCCCCGUCCUGAGCGCGCUGGGCGGGCUGCUUUUCGGCCUGUUCGCCGGCGCCCUGAUCGUCGCGUCCGUCGCGCGCGCCGCGACCGGCGGCAGCGCGGUGGACGCCCUGCGCCGCUCUGCAUCAGGGGGGGGGAGCGUUCCGCUGGUCCUGGGGUACAUCCCGUGGCACGCACAGCAUCUUGCGGCCAUCCGCGAAGCGCUCGGGUCCGGGCCGGGCCUGGUGGCGACAGCAGGCGCGGACAGGCCGAAACAUGACUGA